CCUCAUCUCAACUCACACAAUUCCUAUUCUAAGUCUGAAACAGUGAGUGAAUCAGUGUCCACACUUGAAUCUCAAAAACCCAAUUGAACAACAACACCCCAAAUCCCAGCUAUAAUCAUCCCUUUUCCAAUUCAAUUCAUAGUCACACUCUUCCAAUUUCCCUUAGCAAUCCAGUAAUUCAACAAUUGAUAAUCAAUGACAGCAACACCGAUGCCAGGAAACCCUAAUUUAGACGGAAAUCUUCCGCCGUUACCGCCGCCUCCGGGAACCGAUAUGACCGGAAUAAGCUUCAGAGAUCAACUAUGGCUCAACACUUACCCUCUUGAUCGUAACCUUGUUUUCGAUUACUUCGCUUUGUCACCGUUUUAUGAUCGGACUUGCAACAAUGAACAAUUGAGGAUGAAUUCCAUUCACCCUCUUGACCUUUCUCAUCUUUCGAAGAUGACAGGCCUUGAGUACUUGCUAAAUGAAGUUAUAGAACCAAACUUGUUCGUUAUUCGUAAGCAAAAGAGGGAUAGUCCUGAGAAGGUUACGCCAAUGUUGACGUAUUAUGUGUUGGAUGGUUCCAUUUAUCAAGCCCCGCAGCUUUGCAAUGUUUUCAAUGCAAGAAUUGGGCGUGCUCUAUAUUAUGUACAGAAGGCCUUCUCGAUUGCUUCUUCUAAAUUAGAGAAGACUGGACACGAAAGUGAAAGUGAUGAUGCAAAUGACAAUACGACACCCAGUAAGGAGACUAUUGACCUCAGAGAACUAAACAGAGUGGAUCAUAUUCUUGCAUCGUUACAACGUAAGCUUCAACCAGCCCCUCCACCACCCCCAUUUCCGGAGGGCUAUGCUCCGCCUCAACCUACAGAACUGGAACAAGGCUCAGAAACCCAACAAGGAACAGACCAACCGCAGCCUCCGCCUGUUGAUCCUAUCAUUGAUCAGGGGCCAGCCAAAAGAAUGAAAAUAGAUUGAUUUAUUCUUGCUAAUCUAUACAAGUCUUGUGAAAUAUGUUGACCAAUGGACCGAUAUUUAAUCUGUAUCGUUGGAAUCCAAGUGAAAUUUUCCAGCUUUUCAUGAUCAUUUUUUCUUCCACCGGAACCUUUUUCUUCUAUGUAUACUUCAACCGUGCAUGAGGUAAGUAAUUGUCGAAUUCAAUUUACUUUAGAAUGA